AUGCAGAGCGUCGGCAAGGAGGAGGAGGGCGGGGAGAGCGAGGGCCGAGCGAGCAAGCAGCAACAGACCGUCGCUCAUCUCGAGGAUAGGGAGCGCCUCGAGGACAACGGUGGCCGAGGAUUGUCGCUGGCCCUCGAGGACCGGGAGCUCUGGACGCGUUUUCAGUGCAUCACCAACGAGAUGAUCGUCACGAAGAACGGCAGGCGGAUGUUCCCGGUGGUGAAGGUAGUAGCGCGCGGCCUGGAGCCAGCCGCCAUGUAUACGCUGCUGCUCGAGUUUGUGCAGAUCGAUCCUCACAGAUGGAAAUACGUAAACGGCGAAUGGGUGCCGGGAGGCAAAGCUGAGGUGGCACCCCCGAAUCCGAUCUACAUUCACCCGGAGAGCCCAAAUUUCGGCGCCCACUGGAUGAAGGAAGCCGUCUCCUUCGCCAAAGUCAAGCUGACGAACAAAUCGAACGGCACCGGUCAAAUAAUGCUCAACUCGCUGCACAAGUACGAGCCACGCGUUCACCUCGUGCGCGUCGGCGCCGAGGAGCAGCGAACGGUUCUCACGUACAGAUUUCCAGAGACCCAAUUUAUUGCGGUGACAGCCUACCAGAACGAGGAAGUCACGGGUCUCAAGAUCAAGUACAACCCCUUUGCCAAGGCUUUUCUCGACGCCAAGGAGCGCCCAGCGGACUCGCAGCCGUAUCCCCAAUAUAGCGGAGCCUGGUUUCUACCCCAGCCGACUAUGAACUACGAUUACGGGCCAGGCAUCUCGAUGAGCCAGAGCCAAGCUUCAAUCGGCAGCGCAGGAGGCUCGCAGGGUGGUAUCUCGUCGUCGAGCAGUCACAAGAAUUGCCGGCCGGCUCCCUAUCCCCUCAGACACAAGUACAUUCAAGAAGAACAACAUGUGGACUCGUACGGUCCGGUGCCUCUGCUGCACUCGAGCGCCUACGUGAGCGGCUGGUCCCGGAGUCCGGAGCAACAUCAGCAAUCCCAGGAGCAGCUCUCGGUGGUCCAGCAGUGGCCAUCUUCGGCCUCGCCCUCGCCAACCUCGGCCUACCCGAGCCUCAACCAUCACCACAACCGACUCGUGUCGAAUAGCAACAACAGCAACAACUGCCCGCCCGGUAGCAUAUCACCGGGUCCACCUCCCCUCUACUCUGGGAGCGGUAACUCCAACGUGGCUCCGGAGUGCGUUGAGCCUCAGCCCGCGACCUGGCUCCACCCGGCGGCGACUCUCUCCGAGCAGAUACAGCAGCAGCAGCAGCAACAACAGUCCUACCUCAAUCUCAACCUCCAUCUGCACCAUCAGAUUUCCUACACGAAUGGAGCAGCCCUUCAGCAGGCGAUCUACGCGCAGGAGCCGGUGAUAGGCCAGCCCCAGGACUACCCCGACUACCAUCCUCACCAUCAUCAUCCCGGUAACCAUUCGCACGACGUGCAGCAGGCUCACCUUCAGAUACAACAGCUGUCCUCGUCCCACCACCACCACCACCACCACCACCAACAUCAUCACCACCAACAGCAGCAUCAGCAUCCUUCCGAGGUGGAGGCUGCGAGUUACGACACCAAGGAACAACAGCAGACCUUGCACCACCAGCAUCCCCAACUGACUGCCACCAGCUACGACGGGGACGAGGAAAGAACGGGCACUGCUGGUGCUGCUGCUGCUGCUGCUGCUGGAACUGAGCACACGGUGCUGGUCGAGCGGCGAUUCCUGAGUCCCGUCAUCGAACAUCAUCGCCAUCAGGUACAACAGCCACAAUCCGAGGAGCACAUCGAGGAGCAGCAGCCGCACAACUGGACACCGCUCACGCCACCACCAGCACCCUCGCAAACGACGGCACUCUGA